CUCUCGGCCGCGCUCGCCGGAGGCCGCCCGGCGUCGCAGCCCCAUGGCCCCGUCCCGGCUGCAGCUCGGCCUCCGCGCCGCCUACUCCGGCAUCAGCUCCGUGGCCGGCUUCUCCAUCUUCCUCGUCUGGACCGUGGUCUACAGGCAGCCGGGGACCGCGGCCAUGGGAGGGCUCGCAGCGUGGACCCGCAACCCCAGCAGAGCCCUCCGCGGAGACUGGGAGCACGGCGCUGGGGAUCUGAUGGAAACUGGACAUUUUCUUUCCGCUCACGUUGGUGCCUUUUGCGAGCCGUCUGCUGCGGCUCCUCCGCCGAGCCCCGCCGACCACCUUUCUUAAGGAGAGAAGGGGCGGCACCGGCGCGCUGGUGGAGGCCAGGUGUGCUGGCGCUGUGGGUGCUGGUGACGCACGUGAUGUACAUGCAGGAUUACUGGAGGACCUGGCUCAAGGGGCUGCGCGGCUUCUUCUUCGUGGGCGUCCUCUUCUUGGCCGUCUCCGUGGCCGCCUUCUGCACCUUCCUGGUGCUCGCCAUCACCCGGCACCAGAGCCUCACAGACCCCACCAGCUACUACCUCUCCAGCGUCUGGAGCUUCAUUUCCUUCAAGUGGGCCUUUCUGCUGAGCCUUUACGCCCACCGCUACCGGGCUGACUUCGCAGACAUCAGCAUCCUCAGCGAUUUCUGACCCAGGGGUGAGGUCUCUGCACCCCGGGGGUUCUCAGGACCUGGACUCAGUCUCUUGAGACAUUGGGAGGGCCUGAUCCCACCCCCUUGGGACCCCAGAACUGGCAGAGAGCGCACAGCAGGACGAGUGUGGUCUCCCAGGAAGCUAUCCUGCCUGUCCUGCCGGGGAGACCUGGGUGUGGUGGAAGACGUUGCUCCUCAUUGGCCUGGCUGGAGGGCAGCUUUACACCUUCUCAAAUGGAUGUUUUCUUCGCACUCAGUGAGGAAUCUUUGUGGGUCAAGGGGUAGGACCAUGAGGCCUUGACCGAGGAAUCUUUGUGGGUUAAGGGGUAGGACCAUGAGGCCUUGACCUACGCCUGGGGGCGGAGCAGUCCCAGAGAUGGCGACACUGGGCUCUUUCCCCAAGGCCUGAGGAGCUGAGUGGAGAGUUCAGUGUCCCUCCUCCUACCCUCUCACCCCGAGCUGGCCGCCCAUGAGUGUGCUAGAGCCAGAAGCCAUCGGCCUCUCCCUGCCACCCCCAAAAUACAGAGGCAUCCCCACAUCCCAGCACAGGACUCCCCCAACAAGGCCAGACUAGGGGUCACGGGGAAUGUGCUCCUGCCCCCAGAAGGGCUUUGGGGAAGGGGGCAACGUGGUAUAGGCUAGAAGGGGCCCCCAAACCUGUACCGUGUACCCUUCGCCCUGCAUUUCCACUCUGCCUCCUCAGAGUGCCAUUGCACCCAGACCCCCAGCCAUGAGAUACCUUCUCUCCCACUCCAGCCCCUGCUCACUGCCCUUCAACUAAAGCUUUUAUCUUUUUAAAUCUCCCUUCUGAAGGACUAAAUCUGCUUUUCUGCCCUUACACUGGCCCAAGGGCUCACCUAACUCAGGAGGGAGGGGCCUGUUGUUACCUAGAUCUUUUUAUGUUAGGUUGCCAUUUUGCACGGUCUACCCCUCUCCCACAGACCCACGAUGUGUCCUGCCCCUCAGCUCUUUGCCUUAUCUGUGUCACUGUCACUUUAGCAGAAAUACAGCAGCCAUUUGUAUCAGA